CGAUCACUCUCUCAAGCUCAAAGACGAGCAGCAGCAGCGUUAGACUCCAGCACGUCGGAUCCACAAGAAAUAUCUCACGAGGAACCAUCUAACGGAAUAUAUCACCUGUUCGGAGUGGGAAUGAAUGCUGAGAGGGAUUUAUGACUGGCGACAUCACAUUGAUUCCACAUUAGGAACUUCAUGCAGGAUAAGGUAGGGGAACCACACCACUGGGACAUUUAAGCGUGGCCUUUUUUCCCUCCUUAUGAUUGGAACUGAUUUCUGGAGUUGAAUAGGAAAGGUGCUCAGUGUUGAAUUCUAACUCAUGGGUGUCUCUAGUUUUUCCUCUUCAAACUCAGAUGAUGAGUCCCCUGAUAACACUCCAGCCCCUGACACCUUACGCCACACGUCCCAUACCAGGAAGCAGAGCGGGCUGGGUGGCCUGGGUUACGGGCUGGGGGUAGCUUGGCACCACUUGAGGCCCUUCGUCCCCUUCUUCCUCAUCAGCUUCAUGGUGGUGGCCCUUGUCUAUCUAAUGCAGGCUAUCAUCUAUGGGGGACCAUUCAAGGAUCCGCUCUUCUUCGUCAAGUUCAAUGAGCGCUGGCCCCGGCCUGCCCCAGUCCAACAGGACACCCCAACACCCACCAAGAGUUUCAGUCCGGUCCCCUCCUCGUCCUUCGAACAAGUCCUUUUUGAACUUCACACAAACAACGAGACAAUAUGAUGGAAACAAGAACUACAGGAGUUUUUUCUUUCCCUGGUGGAUAUGAGAAUCAAGUACUCUCCUUGGAUUACACCAGAUCCUCCUUGUGUUACAAGGGUGCAGACUAAAGCUUUGAUAUUCUUGGCAGUGGAUAUAUCGCCUGUCUGUCCUUCUUAUCAAAGCCUGUAACUAUAAUAUCAUGGAAUGAAAAAUAAACUGAAGGUUACCUGCUCUAAUCUUUGAAGAAUGUGCAGCUGAACCGGAUGCUUUUCAGAUCAAGGUCAACAAACUUUCAGUGACUCAGUCUGCUAAAGAUUGUCACGCUUCAACACGAGGGACAAUGCUAUGAUGUGAUCACCUAAAACAACCGCCCAAAUCGGCCCUGCAGUUAUUCAUUUUAGAAGUAGUUGAUUUUUGUGGUUUUGUAAAUACUUUAAACCAAAGUGUCUCAGACUCAAAUGUAUCAUUACAAUUUUUUUUAAAAAGACAGUUCACAUGCCUUAUAUGAACAGAAAGCAACACGUUUGUUUUCCCUGUUUUUCUAGAUGUGCUUCAGCAGACACUGUUAUCCCAAAGGUAAUCUAAGUUUCAGAAGCUUUUCUAUUUUUUUAAAUCAUGAAUCUCAAAAGAUACAAUAUUUGUAAUUACAAAUUUCCACUUUGUUUACUACUUUCCCUUCACUGUAGCUCAAGCAAACAUGUGAGUUCUGACUAAAAGUUUUACACCAACCACUAAGGAGUCAUUUUUAUACUUCAUUUCAAAUUUACUGAGAGAGGACUCUUCAUCUUACUUCUACUGAAUGUUCAGUGUAACCUCAUGAUCUGAAGGAAUAACACCGGCAAAAACAAACUCUCACCAAGUUAAGAAAGUGGUUGAUGCACUGAACCGUUCAUAGGUGUUAAAUUUGAUUAAAUUCCUGUGAUGUUGUCAGAUACUCUGGUUUAUUUUGAGAAUUUAAAAUCAAAGUGUUGACUGGUAGUGGUCUUUGUAUUACAUAUCAGCAGAUAUAAAUAACACUUUGUUAAUUUGUUUGUUCACAUGACUUAGGAGUGAACGACACAAGGUUGCCUUUUAUAAAUUGUUUACCCCAUAUAACAUCUUAUCCA